CCUUCCGAUCUUGAUCUAACGGUCAUAAUAUUCGGAAUGCAUGAAUGUGUGGUUUGCGUUGGAAUAAUACUUCCCUCUCGCGAACCGCUCCCGUGAAUUUUAGCCGCCGGUAACUGCAGAUCCCGACGCCGUCGCCGCCAUGUCAAUGGAGGAGCUGAAAUCUGCUAUAGAGGAACACAUCAAUCUUACUUCAGAUCUUGUUCAGAAGAUCUCUUCCGAACUUCGUACCAACCUUCGCCCUGCUUACGAUAACUUCUUAGGGUUUUUUCAUUCCAUUGAUUGGAAGGAACCUUGGCUACUGGGAUUGUUAACAUUCCAUGUUGUAUUGCUUCUUGUAACUAUCAUCUCUAGGAAGAAUACCAACUUUCAGAUGUGCUUGUUCCUUUUGACGUUGGGUGGUGUAUAUCUUACCGAGAGACUUAAUAGUCUUCUGAGGGGAAACUGGAAAAGCUUCUCUAGUCAAAACUAUUUUGAUCCAAGUGGAGUAUUUAUGUCAGUUCUUUGGUCUGGGCCUCUUCUUGCAUUGGCUAUGAUAAUCUUGAUCAAUACACUCUUUUCCUUGUGUUACAUGAUCGUGAAGUGGAAAAGAGCCGAACUAAGACAUCGCGCAAGGGCCGCUCGCAGUAAGCAGGAAUAGUUUAUCUGUAGUAAGACUUUGAUAGAUUAAUCUGUAGUAGGAUUUCAAUGUAGUUAAGCCUGUUUGCAACAUUCAAGGUAGUAUAAGAACAGGCUUGUGUAAAAUUGAAAUUGAUAAGAAAGAAAAUAAAAUUUAGGAACAAAAUAAAGGAAUUGAAUUUAAUAGAUUAAUUCUUUUAAUGUAACAUGAAAAAUUACACAAAAAUGAAAAACAAGCUGGCAAUAAGCUGAACUCUGCCAAAGUGACAUGAUGUUAAUAAUUUGCAACAUUCCUUAUACUUUGUUUGGAUUUUACAGGAGUAUAAAAUGAACCUAAAACACAUCACCAACACUCCCUAAAUUGUAGCCACAAUAUUUAAAUUAGAGAAAACAAAGCUUCGAUUCACAACAAACAUUAAAAAAAAAAUCCAUGUGGUACUUUAAAAUUCAUGGACAACAUAAGUGAGAGAGAAAUAAUUUUCCAUAACUAGCUAUUAACAUUAAUGGAAAGAUAACUAAAAUUUAAAGUCAGUAAUUCUUUACACUAUAAGCAUUAUAUCUGCUUUUCUAUAUAACUUUGCUCUGCUUUCCGUCUAAAUAUCAUCCAACAAUUGCCUCAUAAGCAACUCUGGACACAACAAACUAUUUGCCAAAAUAUUCUGUUCUUGAAACUUACAAAUGUCUUAAUGGUAGAUUUGGGAUUUUGGCAUACAAAAGACAAAGAUUUGGUAGAUAAGAGAUUUUGGCAUACAAAAGACAAAGAGUUGGAGUGAUAAGAGUGUCUGAAUGAGGUAAUUGAAAUUAUUUAUAGAAUUUAAUUUUAAGUAAUUUAAAUAAUUCAAUUAAAAUUAACUUGUUUUUUAAAUGUUUUGUUUGGAUAGGGUAUUACAAGUAAAUAUUGUUAAAUUUUUGGGAUUCUUUUUAUAAAAUUUAAAAUUUUAGACCAAAUUUAUAAUUUGAAAAAUAGCCGAAUUUGUUUUCCAAGAGAAGCCUGACUCCACUUCACCGGUUGUUGAAUGACCAAUCUAUAAAUACUACCCAUGUAUAAACUGACUCCGGAGUAUCUGAGAUCAUUUUUACUAUGAAGUUUGCAAAUAGUUGUGUCUUCAAAGCUUUCUUUGACUCGUAGGAAACAUCAAAUUCAACCAUCUCAAUGGACCAUUUUGUCAACCUUUCGGCUAGAUUCGUCCAGUCAAAACCUACUUCAAUGGUAAGUCAGUCAUAAUGAUUAUGGCAUAGGCCAUCGUAGCUUUCUAUAUGCCGUCACUAAAGUCAGAGCUGAGUUCUCUAUCUUUUGAUUAGGGUUAUAGUCCAUCCAAAGAUUUGGAGAUGAAAUGACAGGACUUUGGUAGUUGUUCAUCUCUCUUACGAGAACGAUGUUGAUAGCUUCAUCGAAUACAACCAAAUAAAGGUAUAGAGACUCCUUGGCUGUUGGUCGGGAUAAUAUUGAUAGAGUCGAUAUGGCUAUCUUUAAGGAUGUGAACGCCUGUUGGUAAUCUAGGAUCCACUUAAAAAGUGUUUCUUUCUUUAACAACUUGUAAAAUGGCAGGGCGUGUUGUGCCGGUUUCAAAAUGAAUGUGUUUAAAGCUAUUAGCAUCUUGUUCAACUUCAUGAUUUCCUUCUUUUUUAGAUGACUACCUCACAUUUAUUCGAAUUUGCUUCUAUGCCUUCCACCGUUAAAGAAAAACCCAUAAACAAACUUGUUCUCUCUUACUCCAAAUGAGCACUUUUUUGGGGAUUGAGCCUCAUAUUGUACUACCGGACUUUUCAAAAUACAUGGGCAAGAUGAUAGUCGUGCAGUCCCUAUUCACUGAAUUUCACGAUCAUGUCAUUCAUGUAUACCUCGAGAGUUUCAUCUAUUUUCGCUUUGAAGACCUUAUUUACCAUCCUCUAGUAUAUUGCCCAUGCGUUCUUCAAGGCAAAAAGCACUACAUUAUAUUGUAAUUAGCUUGCUUGGUCAUGAAGGUAGUUUUCUCUUUGUCCGACUCGUACAUGAGUAUUUGAUUAUAGCCAUAAAAGCUUGUAACUGGCCAAAUUGUCAACCAAGUUGUCUAUGCUUGGGAGCAAGUACGAGUCUUUAGGACAUGCUUUAUUUAGAUAUGUAUAAUCGAUACACAUUCUCCAUUUUCAAAAGCUUUCUUGAUUAGCACCACAUUAGAUAGUCAUUCAAUGUAUUUUAUUUUGGAAAUAAAGUUAGUAUCUAAUAAUCCUUGGACUUUUUUCACAUUCGCCUUGACCUUUUUGAGAGGCUAUCACUUUCUUCUCUUGGACAUGUAACAGGCACUAGGAUCAAUGUUUAACUAGCACUUUUCAGGCCUAUUUUGUCUCCCACGGAGGCUCAUCUUCGCACACCUCGAGAUCGACCAUAUUUGGCAUUCCACAAGCUUCCCUGCAUCUUUUCUCAAGGAUGACAACUACUGAUAGAAGAUUCGCCAGUAUUGCUUCAUGUAUCUGCUGUGCUCCACUAAAGUCAGCUUUGACUACGAAUGGUCUGCCAUAAUCGUUGUGGUAUUUCCUUUUCAUGUGGAUGAGAGAUGCCACAAUGUCUAGAGUUUUUAGGAACGGCCGACCAAGAAUGUUGUUGUCGACGCAUUUGCAUGGAAUCAUAAAGAAAAAAACACUCAUACUUCUCUUAUUCCUCCCCUCUCCCAUGGAGACAGAUAAAUACACUUAUUCACAUGGACGAGUAGAAGAAUCAUUGCAUGCAAGGAGGCUAUGUCCUUCGCAUGGCCUUAAAUCUUGCUUUCUUAUGCUAUGCUCUAUGAAGAUUUUAAGGUAUAUAAAAUUGCAGGAACUUUUGUCAUUAACGAGGAUCCAUGACACAAAGUAUUAUCGAUGGUAGCAGUAAUGAUCAGCGAAAGUGUCGCAUUCGGAAUUUCAUCCACUUUAUCAUGAUCUUGGAACCUUAGGAUUAGUCUGUCACAUUUUUAGCUUCUCACCUAACGAUGAUAACUUAAGAGAACCUUUCGAUGGAGAUUCUUCUAGCUUGAAAGGACCUCCACCGACUAUGUGUCUAUGGCGGAGACUGAAGAUAAUGACUUUGACUUGGAGAAUUUUGAAGAAUCUUCAUGAAUAAAAUUGAAGAUUGCUUUCAUCUUAGCACAUAUAUCAAAGUGAAUAAGGUUUUAAAUGGAGGAAAUCUGAUUGAGUAAGGAGAAAUCUUAUUUUAGAAAUUCGCAGAAAUUAUAAAUUGUUUCUCAUAUAUGGCACCGUUGUUCCGUUCAGGAGCUAUAAUUUUUGAAGUAGUUUCUCGAUAUGAUGGUGCAGACUACCUCGAUGGAGUUGCACGGACUAAACCCUUAAAAUUAGCACUGCAUCAUCCAAGCAUAUAUAUUGUUAACGAAUUUUGUUUAUUCUACAUCAUUAUCAUUAUGUCAUAGUAAGUAAAACAUCGCACAUCACUAUUUUUGAUUAAAAAUAUGAAAAUGAUAAAAAUUAUUUGCAUAUAUAUAACAUGAUGACGCAACAAUAGAUGAAUCCGACGUAUGGUAGAGAUCAAUCUCCAUACAUGUUCAAGAAGAAAUUGGCAUUUACUUUUUUUUAAUCAAAUUUAUAAUUUAGUGUCAUAGGUAUGAUCGAAACUGAGUGUAUGCAUCCAAUGAUAUAUGACAAAAUGUCAUUGUUUGACUCGAGAGGUUUCCACAUCCAAUGAUGUAUACGAUUUGCCAAAUGUCAAUGUUCAAAUGGAAAAUAUUAUACAAACUUUUUACAUAUAAGACAUGAGAUACUUUCUUAAUAUACAAAAUCAAGAUUAGUGAUACACAUUUUAUAAAAAAAAUGAUAGAUCAUUUUCAUUUUGUGAUGAGUAAACAAGUUCAUCACAUUAAAAUUUGGCGUUUUUGA